UUUUCCUCCCAGGGACGAAAUGGAGGCGGCCGCCAAGGGGGGGCUGCUGGUCCAGCUGGCGCUGCUGCUUCUGACUAGCCUCCAAGUUCAUUCUGCAACUUUUGAAAUCAUAACCCCUUAUUCGCUCUAUGUGUGUCCUGAAGGUCAAAAUCUCACUCUGACUUGUAAAAUCAGUGGGGUUCUCGCCAAUCGCCAUGAUUUACUCUCCAUCGUUUGGUACUUCAGCAACAAAAUUGACCAUGGCUGUUCCCAAAGAAAGCAUAUCCGCAACAUCACUUCUAAGGAGCUUCAUCGUGAAGCUGAGAUGCACCAUAGCCAACUUCACGGGAAUGUCACGGCUGCGAAAUACGCCCAUCACGGAUUGGAAUACUUUUCAAAUCAUCAUGGCACUUUCCAUGUCACCAUAGCAAAUCUUACCCUUCAGGACAAAGGAUACUACUGUUGUUAUAUAAUAGAGUCCAAGAAAGAAAAGAAGCUGCACGUGUUGCAGCACGCUUAUGGCUUCAUGGAACUUCGUAUACACAAAGCAAAUGGUUCAUCUUCAAACUGUACAUUUCAUCCUGCUGACAAUACAGAAAAUACCACAGCAGUGACAAUUGCAACAGUGGCUUGCAUAAUAGGCAUUCUGUGUUUGCCUCUCAUUCUACUCCUUAUUUACAAGCAGAGGCAAAUAAUUACUAACAGGCGUGCUCACGAACUCGUAAGGAUGGAUAGCAACGCCCAUGGCAUUGAGAAUCCCGUCUUUGAUGCUGUCCCUGACAUAGAGCCAGAAUCCAGGAUUAGGCCUCAGCUAUCAUUUAUGGCGAGCCGUCAGGCUUCCGAGUCAGACCGACACCUUCUCUCCGAGCCAAAUACCCCUCUCUCGCCUCCAGUCCCGGGAGAAUGUUUCUUCCCAUCACUUGAUCCUGUUCCUGAUUCGCCAAAUUUAACAAAGGAAUAGUCAAAUAAAGGAAGAGGUUUAUAUUCUGAAUUUUUACCAGCAAUAUGAACAAGGCUUAUUAUUUGCUGCUUUAAAGGAGAAAGACAGAGACAGAGGGAAACAAAUGUGAGAAGUUUUUAGGAGACUGUUUUAAAGUCUUGGAGGUGCUUUUUGACUGUCCUAAUAUUUCAAUAUAUUGCUGUUCUCUGAUUUCUGAAACAAUUCAACAUGGAGAAUAUGGAAGACAAGGAAAUAUUAUUGUACUCUCCUGGAAUUCUGCAAACUUUUUGUUUUCACUGAAGUUACUGAAAUGUGUUUCUAACGUGUUGUAUGGAUUAAUCAGGUCAAGAUCAUAUUACAUUUUUUUUAACUAUAAAGGAUUGUGAAUAGCACCACCAAAAGCCUCGCGCUGCAUUCAAAAUGCCUUGGUUCCCUAGAAACAGAAAAUAAUUUACAUGUACAAUAUUUUUUUUUACUUUGCAUAUAUAUCCUUUAAAAGAUUGUAUGUUUGCACGUUUUAACAUAGUGAUAAGAGGCUUUGCUUGUAUCCUGUCCUCAAAAAAUCAGACCCCAGAUGAACUAUCUCCAUAUUUCACUCUGGUUCUAAUUCAGUCUUUUCUUUGCUCUCUUUUUAUUUGGUAAUGAUUUAAGGAAAUCUAGAUGAAGGUUCUCAAUUGCAUAACUUACAAGUAAAUAUUAUGGUAUUAGUAAGAAUAUGUUGAAAAUCAUGAAGGAUAAUCAUGUUAGAACAUUAAAAAAAUGGAUUUCAAUUUAGCUCUGUUGAACAACAGUUUGCUUUUACAAGCUGUUUCAAAAGCAUUUUAUAGAGGGUUUAAAGAACAUUAUAGAUUUGGUACAUUUUGUUUAAAUGAUAACUCUGUCAUUUUGGUAUAAUUUAUCUUGUGCUUUGUAAAUGUUUAUGGCUACGUAGCCAGAGGAAAUUCUUUAAGUGAAGGAUCUUUCCAGAUGUGCAUUAUAGAAAUAAUUCAUGUUGAUAUCUUUAAGUUAAGCUGUCUGGAAAAAACAAUGUCCUUAAUAGGGUAGAAAGUACAAGUAAUUUUUAUUAUAGAUACAAAUUGGCCACAGCAAUCAGUAUUUAGAGUUGUUUAAUCCUAGUUUCCAAACGAGAGUAGACGUUUGGUCUAGCUUCAGUCUAAAUCAACGUUUUUCAACAUCAGCAGCUUUAAAACUUGUGGAUUUUAAUUCCCAGAAUUGUCCAGCCACCAAGUUGCGGAUAUUGAGAAACCCAUCUCUAAAUACAAGAAAUUCCUAAAAAGAAUGAGUGAUAUUUUCAGUGUGUCAGGGAUUUCAUAAACAUAAUAGUCAAGAUCAGUCAAGUUAAUUUUAUUCUGAUAUCUAAGAAGUGCCUUAUUUUUGUCUGGCAAUAACGUUACAACAAAGAUAAAUUACAUAGUUAACUAUUUGUAGCAGUUUCAAAAACAGCUACUUGACAUUGCCUAAUGGCCAAUUCUUCCCCUUUUUUUCUUGGUGAGGUAUGAUUCAUUUUUCUCUUCUGUUUUUGACAGAAUUGUUGCAAUGUCUUCUGUUGCUAUAUGUACUCUGAUAAGCUACAAUUUACUAAAACUCAUCCUUAUUGAAAGUAGGAAACAUUCCUGAAUUGUAUAUUACCAAGUAAAGAAUGAGAUGUUCGGGCUGUUCACCAUUAAAGAUACGUUUAAAUAGAAAUUUUUGCUUAAGAACAAAAAUUAAAGAAAAAAAAAGUAGGUAACCUAAUUAAUUACAUGAAGAAACUGUACUUUUUUUUGUUCUGCUUACUUCUUCCUCCUUGGUGACUACUUACAAGCGAAGUCUUCUGACUUGCCCUCAGAACAAGUUGAAUGUUUAUUUUCUGUUGAUCAUAAGUUGAUACAAUAAAUGGCUAUUAUUUUGGGGGGGUGACAAAAAGAACCAGAUCCAUUUUUCUUUUGUGACAGAAAGAGCAAUAUCUAGUU